AUGCCCGGCCUACCGUCUACCGUAGACCUCGAUGAAUGCAUAUCGCGCCUGUCGAAGAAGGAGCUGCUCGCCGAGUCGGUGGUCGAGGCAAUAUGCGCCAAAACCAAGGAGCUGCUUAUGAAAGAGAGCAAUGUGGUGCACAUCCGAGCGCCCGUCACUGUCGUGGGUGACAUCCACGGCCAGUUCUUCGAUAUGAUGGAGAUAUUCAAGAUUGGCGGGCCGUGUCCCGACACCAACUACCUCUUCCUCGGUGACUACGUCGAUCGCGGUCUCUUCUCUGUCGAAACAAUAUCGCUCCUCGUAUGCUUGAAGCUUCGCUAUCCACACCGAGUCCACCUUAUACGUGGAAACCACGAAUCGCGCGGAGUCACUCAGUCCUACGGCUUCUACACCGAAUGCUCGCGGAAGUACGGGAACGCAAAUGUAUGGCACUACUUUACCGACAUGUUCGACUUCCUCACCCUAUCCGUCGUCAUCAACGACCAGAUAUUCUGCGUACACGGUGGCCUCUCGCCGUCAAUACAUUCCAUCGACCAAAUCAAAAUCAUCGACCGUUUCCGAGAGAUACCUCACGAGGGGCCCAUGGCGGACCUAGUCUGGAGCGACCCAGAUCCCGAACGAGACGAAUUCUCGCUCAGCCCAAGAGGUGCAGGUUAUACGUUUGGAGCACAAGUUGUCAAGAAGUUUCUGGAAGUCAACUCCAUGUCACAUAUUCUACGCGCACAUCAGUUAUGUCAAGAGGGCUAUCAGGUUCUGUACGAUGACAGACUUAGCACGGUUUGGAGUGCACCGAACUACUGCUAUCGGUGCGGUAACAUGGCGAGUGUACUGGAGGUCAGCGAUACCGGUGAACGCUUUUUCAAUGUUUUCGAUGCGAGCCCCGACAACGAUGUCCACCGAGCAGAGCAGCAGCAACAGCAAGGCAAGGAAGUCACGACAGAGUACUUCCUAUGA